CUUCGGUAGUCAUCAGGUAUUUCCUGGUAUUUCCUCUACUCUACUCCAGAAGUAUGCAUAAUAUGCCCCCGCACGGACAAGUUUUUACAGGUUGGAGACUGGAGUAGACUGGAGGUUCAGUAAGAAGCAGAUACUUCUGAUAUUAGGUCUCGACAUCGUGACAUUAUGGGUAAACCAAAAAAUUGUUGCCAGUGUGUCAUCAAAUAUACUUUGUUCAUCUUCUGCUACUUAUUCUGGGUAACCAGUGCUGUUUUCAUUGCAGUGGGUGUGUAUGCCAAAAUUGCGAAGGAGGGAGGUGUAGUGGACUCUCUGACAGCUGACCCUGCCCUUUUGCUCAUAAGCAUUGGCUCCUUAAUGUUCAUCAUCACCUUCUUUGGGUGUUUCGGUGCACUGCGCAACGCAGUCUUGCUGUUAAAACUGUUUUUAGGAAUUCUGGUGGCAAUCCUUCUCCUGCAGGUUGCAGCUGCUGUGCUUGGGUUCCUUUUCUCAGACUUGGUUUUGCACAGGACAGAGCAGCUGAUGAGGAAAGGGAUUGUUCGCUACCGUGAGGACAUGGACCUUGAAAACCUGAUAGACUUUGUACAGAAGAAGUUUCAGUGUUGUGGCGUGGACUCACACAAAGACUGGUCUGGCAAUGUGUAUUUCCAGUGCCCUGCGAGAAAUCACAGUUUGGAGGGUUGUGGGGUGCCCUUCUCUUGCUGUGUACGGCACAAAAAUGAGACAAUCUUCAACACCAUGUGUGGAUAUGAAAUGCAAACCUUGGAUGAAGCCUCUGCAGCAAAAAUCAUCUACACUACGGGCUGUCUAGAAAAGAUUGUGUUGUGGGGGAAACAGAACCUUUACUUCAUAGGAGGAAUGGCAGUUGGACUUCUCGGCCUAGAGAUAUCAAUGAGUUGUCUAGCUGCUUCCCAGAUGUCUCACAUCCAGAGGAGAACGGAGAACGGCAGGAAUGUUUACUGACGCAAUGGAGGAUGUGCUGGCUAGUGAUUCCCUAGAGUGUAGGACGUCAACGAAAAUCUCUGGGGCUUGAAAAUAAUUGUUUUCAUCAGGUUCAAUGGGGCAUAAAUGAUUCACUUUAUGCUCUGUAAUGAUGUGCUGCUGUUGAAGCAUCGCCAACUUGAAGAUAAGACAUUGGUAUGCCUCUAUCUGUGCACAUGUGCCAGGAGCUCUGUGACUGAUCCCAGCUUUAAUAUUUGCCAUUGUUUCUCCAGUACCUCGUACAAAUAAUGUUAUCCUGUACAAGAGGACAGAAAUUAGGUUUAGGGAGACUGGGACUGGAUACAUCAGCUUGAUAAAAAAUGUUUAUUUUAUGUGUAAUUCAUUUAUUGUUGUUAGAAAUGUAUUUAUCAAAGCUGUGACAUUGUAUUUUUAUAUAUUUUUAACUGUUACAUCAAAUGAAAGUGUUCAAACUGUUUACAAAUAGAUAUGUAUUCUAUGUAAAGUUCAAUAUUUUACCUGCUAUUAAUGGGCCAUUUUAUAUUAAGCCAUUUCAUACUGUCUUGCUACUCUGUGAAACAACAUUUUUUUGCAAGUGGAUAUGGAUACAAGCAUUUUAACAACAUGUAUUGUCUAAUUGGUAAGCCAUAUAUGUAAAAUGUGAUUUUACACAUUGAUAUCAAUUAACAGUGAAAAAUAAUAUAGAAAAAAAAUGAAAUGCAUAGUCACAUCAACCAUAUCCUCAUUAUUCCCCUUAAUCAAACUUGAUUAUCCUCAAACUUUGUGGAGCUUUGUGAUGAAGGCUUCCUCAGGUACACUCCACAGCCGAGACUGUUCUUAACUGACUGCAAAGUCAAUUUGCUGUCAUAGCAGGAGGCAAGUGUGUGAAGACUUGGUCUUCUGGACACGAAGAUGGAUGGGCCUGCUCUCCUCUUUCUCCUUGGUCAGCACAGGGCUUUCGGGCGAACUUGACCUGGAAAUGACUCUGUACUGGCCCCGAAUGUUCUGCAGUGGGUUGUACUCCGCACUGAUGUGACUUGGACAGCGGAACCGCUCCUUGAUGACAUGACCCAGCUGAGAGACUGCAACAAACCCGUCCUUGAAGGGUAAAAUCUUUGUGACUGAGGCGUAGACAUACUGGACGACAAGUAAACGCCCUACAAAUGACAGCAAUAAAGAAAGGGUUAAUCUCUGUUCAUUCUUAUGCUGGAAAUAAAACUAAGAAAAAUGAAAGAUGAAAGGGUGUUCAUGAGAUAAUUGAUGUUCAGUGUCGCAAAAAUGUGAAUGUGCGUAACAUUUCAUAUUGUCUCCUGGUGAUCGUAUGCUUGUUUUCAAAUAAUAAAAAUGAUUACCAUUGGAUGCAUCCCAGA